AUGACUUACAAUAGGUCAUUGGACUUUCAAGGAGUUAAAACGACACCUAGUACAACUGCUGAAUGGAAAAAAAUUGCUAAUAGUUAUCUUGAGGUAUGGAACGUUCCAAAUUGUAUAGGUUCCAUGGAUGAACGACAUAUCGAAUUUAAAGUACCAGUUAAAUAUGGAUCUUUAUAUCAUAAUUAUAAAGGAACAGACAGUAUCGUUUUGUUAGCAUUAGUUGAUGCUCAUUAUCAAUUUAUAUAUAUUAACGUUGGCAUUAACGGUAGAGUUAGUGAUGGAGGUGUUUUUCGUGAUAGCGACUUUGCAAAGUUUCUAAAUAAUCCACAAAAUUCACUUAACAUUCCUUUAGAUAAACCAUUGCCUGGUAUGAAUGAAUCUGUGUCUUAUGUAAUCUUAGCUGAUGCUGCUUUUCCUCUUCAAAAUCAUAUAUUAAAGCCUUAUUCAUCACGAAAUUUAACUCAUGACGAACAAAUAUUUAAUUAUAGAUUAAGUAGAGGUAGAAGAGUUGUGGAAAACACAUUCGGUAUAUUAGCAAAUAGAUUUCGCGUAUUAUUAACAGAAAUAUACUUACCUGUUGAAACUGUUCAAAAUGUUACACUUGCUUGUUGUGCAUUACAUAACUAUCUGACGAAAGAAAAUGCUGCUUAUUUACAUGGAGCCAUUGAUAUUGAAAAUGUAGAAAAUCACACAAUAAUGUUAGCUGCUUGGAGAUCUAAUAAUAGUCAACUACGUAAUUUAGAAAUAGCGAAU